AUGAGCUGGCAUAAAAGCCAGGUUGCCAGAGAGCUGUUCCUAGUAUGUGAAGCUGGUGGCUGGCGUUUUUCAGACCAGCAGAUCAGGCAGCUUGGGUUCUAUCUCUUUAGUCCUCCUGCCAACAGCAAACAUUUCCUCGAAGACACCUUCGCCCAUCUUGCUGAUAUUUCAAAACGGAUUGGGCGCAAUUUGAAGAUAUCCAAGUGGACGAAGUUCUUCUACAUGCUGUGCGUCCCCUCACACAGUGACCUGGAUUGGCCCAGAUUAGAGCCUAGCCCUGCAGACUUUGUUGACGCCAUGAAAACAGGUGGCCGUGUGGUUCUAGAAGAAGACACCCAAAAAGGAAAGGUAUUCACGGUUCCCAAAUCAAUGACCCUGCCAAAAGCCCUCAAUUUCACGGUGAGCAACUUGCAGAAGGUUGACCGCAGUGCCGGCACUGCUGCCAAUCAAAGAGCGGCAGCGGCCACAGCAUGGAUUCUUUCCAAUGCUGCUUCCGGAUUUAUCCAUGGGCCGAUGGCGUGGACAGGUGCUCUCUUGCUGAAGCGUCGGAUCUACAAGAACACUGCUGGUAAGGCUUUUGUUUGCCUGGGAUUCCAAACAUACGCAGCAAUUGGUUUUCCUUUGGAAACCAAACGUGUUGGUGACAAGGAAUACCUGGUGGCACUUCGGGACAACAUGUCACUCUCAGUUUCCUUCACGUGGAUGAUGAACAAUGAACUUGACAUGGGUGAAGCUGGAAAAUGGAAAAUGGUCCCAACCACUAUUCGAACACCUUCCGAGCUGCCGGAUGUUUUGAGGUCACAUGGGAAUGCAUGGGAGGUCACAGGUGCCCCCCAACCACUACUCAAAAGUGCCGUGAAGGAAGGGGUGUUCCUCACUGUCAAGCAACUGGAGCUCAUCCAUAGCAAGCUGGGAUUUCCCCUUCCCGAAAAGGGGCAGGGAUCAGGAAAAUCAGGAGCAGUUAUCAAGGUGGACAUCGCUAAAGGGUUGGUAGAAUUUUUGUGGGGUGAAGAAACCCCUGAAGAAAAAAAACGCAUGGUGGAUGCCAUUUGUGGAAAACUAUUGACGAAAGUGAAAUGUGCCAAAGAUGUGAUCCUUGCUGUGAAAGAACUUGGUGCCCAGGGUGAAAUAGAUUUUGCGGAUAUCCAUCAGGUGGCUUUAAAUCAGGAACGCGUGGAGAAAGAACGAAAGCUUCGAUCUCCGACUGAAGAUCGUGAAGAGAUAAAGACCUAUACCCCGGGAGUUCUCAAGCAUCUCCUUCCAAAUGUUCAAGGGGUUUCAUGCAACAGGAACCCAAUCCUUUCUCGGUACCAAGCUCAUUACCCUGGACAUGCAGCUGGUUUCUUGGAUUCGAGAGCAGCUACAUGGGGUGGGAGCCUCCGUGGCCUAAGUGAAUUUGAAGCUCUGAAGGAAUGCUUGAUCAACUUCAUUUGGGCCAAGCACCAGGUCCUAUGUCCCAUGGAUGACUGUUUGAACAUGCCAAUAGAUGACCAAAUUCGAAGAGUGGUUUCUUCCUUUGAUUCCGACACUGGUUUUUUGCCAGGUGCUGCCCCAGCUUCAGCCGCCAAAGGUGGCAAAGAAGGCAGAGGAGGCAGAAGUGGCAAGGGGAAAAGCAAAUCCCCGGCCCCAAAGGCCGUACCAGUACCAAAGAGAGGUCGUGGUCGUGGAAAGGUGGGUCCGGGACGGUAA